AAUAGGACUUGGAGGCAUUGGAGGCCGCCACCACUGAGACAGGGGGCAAGAAAGAGUUUCCGGGCUGCCGAUAACAGGCGGCGCUUUGCGUCUCGCUGUCUUUAUUCCUCCCUCGACGGCCAUUUCGCGCCGUUUGUUCGGUGUUCGUGGGUCAAAUGUUUUAAAACGUCGUGCUGUACGGCGAUGGACGAAGAAACCGUUUCGAAGGUUACGUGGUGGGAGAAGUUAUUUGCCGUCUCCUGUGUAGUUCUUUCUGUCGGUGGACUGGUGACAGAUGUUUACACGCUGUAUACCUACUAUGUGAAUGGAUUGUGGGUGUACUUCAGUUUAAUGCUUGCCUUGGCGGUACUGCCCAACAUCAUGGUACAAGCGUUCAGCGUAAGCUGGCAGAUCGCUGAUGAGUGCCCUUCGAGACUGGUUUGGCUUACAAACCUUCUGCUCUUCGGUACAAUUCACAGGCAGUGGCUCACCCUGCGGGCUUGCUGUUACGCGGACAAGACGAGGGAGCUAAAGGACUACAACGCAUACACGCAGUACAAGAGCGACCAGUGCUUGCUGGACCUCUACAAAUCUUUUCUGAAGUCAACGCCUCAGCUUGUGCUUCAGAUGUACAUCGGGUACGACACUAAUGACUGGAGACCGCAGACAGUUGGCACUGCCAUUCACUCCCUGAUCCUGUUACCAUGGUGCAUGACGGCUUACGACAUGGACCAGCGACGUCGCCAUCCAAAAUUAGCGCCAAUCUCCUGGUGCGGCAUCAUUUUGCACAUGGCAUGGAGGCUUGGCAUAGUAACGUCACGCAUCGGCGCUGUGGUACUGAUGGCGGUGGCGGACGAUUACUGGGCAUUCGGAUACUACGGUACCCACUUUGUGAUGACAACGAUCUUCGCCAUCCUGUUCACAGAGCAUGUGGUGCGAAAGGGAGACGCACCAAACAUGCCGUUCUGGCAGAAGUUGACGCACGGCAUCGCCAUGGGUGGGGCCCUCACAUUUUCCUUCUUCAACGUAGCCGACUCUUCGUCACGCCAUUGGAUGGUCCUCAUGUACACGUACGCCGGCAUGCAAAACCUCGAGGCGCUCAUAGAGUUCUCUAGGGAGUGGACUAUCACUGGGAAACCUUACCAGGGCAUGACUGCGAUAAUCAUCGUGGUCGUGUCAUUCUUGGGAGGGCUGAUCGCCAUGGGCUUGUACAACCGGCGGUACAAUCCGGUCUGCACAGUAUUCCUGUUCCCCUACAGAGUUUCCCAGAAGGAAGUAGCAGCACCAUCGCAGGGCGAAAACCUCCUCGAAAGCGUUGAUAUCGCAAACCACAAGUAUCAUAGCUUAAGCGAGGAAAGCACCCAGGUCAGUCCAAGGCUCUGUCAAGAAGACGUUCCAGACGGCGGCAACACAAAAUCGAGAACGUCCACUAGAGUCAUGUGUGUUGUAUAAUGAAGUAGCCUAUAAUAUAAUUUUUAUUUGUGAAUUUG